AUGAGAGAAGAACAGGUUAGCGUGUCGCGGUUCGCGGUGCUGGUGUGGGUGGCGGUGCCCGCCGCGUCGGCGCUGCUCAGCGGCGACGCGGCCGCCGUCUGGGAGCUGCCGAUGCCGCUGUGCGCGCCCGGGGCCGACGUCUCGCUGUCCCCGCACUACGAGCUGCUGUACGUCAUGCAGGCCUCGUGCCUGUUCGUCGCGGCCGAGGGCAUGGUCCUGCUGGACGCCUCGCUGCUGACGCUGAUGCUCAACAUCGCCGCCGAACUGGAGGUUCUCAACGACAACCUCGUCUCCAUAAAAGGCACCGAACGCCCGAAGGACGAAAAAUGCUAUCAUACAAAUGAUCGCUAUCCCUACUCGAAUGACAAGCGCCUCAACAGUAAUUCCAGUUCCGUGGACGACACGUACGUUCAGUUAGUGGAUAAUAUAAAACACCACCAGCAUAUCAUAAGCCGAGCGAGGGAACUGGAGUCCCUGAUGAGCGGACCCACGCUUGUGCACCUGUUCUACAACCUCAUCUGCAUCUCCCUCAGCAUCGUCUCUGUCGCCGUGCUUUUGCAGACUGACGGCUACAAACCGAUGAUUCUCAAGAUUAUGUUCGUCAUAGCGAUCUUUGUUUCCCAGUUGGGUUUUUUCUGUAUACUUGGCAACAACGUCAUUGAACAGAGCGAGCAGCUGAUGAUAUCCGCGUACAGCACCUACUGGCCGGACGCUAACCCUCGCUUCAAGAAGACGCUGCUCAUCUUCAUGACGCGAGCACUGCAACCCCUCCAGUUAAGGGUCGGAAAACUGUACCCGCUCUCAAAGGAAACAUACCUUCAGAUACUGAAUGCGUCCUACUCUCUUUUCAACUUGGUGUUCCAAACGAACCGAAGAAAUUAAUGGUAUGACUCAUCGACUUAAUUUACCAGCAUACAUUUUCACAUACUUGAAGGGUGAGAUUUAAUGCGAUAAGGAGAUAAGAGAAAACCACUAUCAGCAAAGCAGUUACUUAGAGCUUUUAUACUUCCCAAAAAUAUUUCAAUGCCAUUACUUUAGUUUUACAAUGAAGUGUCUUUGUUUAAAGGGAUUUUGUAACCAAUUCAUUCGCUUAUGGACCUUGUCACAGCAAUUCUACAAUUAUAGUUUAGAUUUCUCGUCGACGUGAAAACAAUGUUACUAUAAAUACUUUUAUUGCAAAAAUGAAGUCCAAUUUUAAACUUUGUGCAACAUAAUCAAUCGAAACUUUAUUUUGGGAAAAUGUUUCCAAGUGAAGUAAACUUUACUUUUAUUAUUAAUGACAAAAAAGAACAAAAGUAGCCAUACAUUAGUGCACACGAGAAGAUAAAUAGCAAAUGAUCUCUCUCGUAUUUUGAGUUUAUUUCUGUUAGUACACUGCUCAUAAUCCUCGUAUGAAUCCACUGGAGCAUAUGUUUUUUAUUGCACCAGCAUAUUUCUGAAUCUUGAGUUACAUCUAUAUGUCACUGAAAAUUCUCUAAGCCACUUUUAACCAGUGUUAGAAACUCAAAAGCCAAAGUGAUUUCCUUCCGAGCUAGUAGAUUUGCUUCUGCCUGACCCAUACUGCCAUCGAAUGGCAAUACAAAAAUUAAAAUGUUGUGACUGAUAUGACAUUCAACUCCCAGUUUGUUGCAUUUAUUCAUAUGUACACCAUUUUUAAAGAUUUCUGUGUAAAUAGCAAGGAGAAUCACCACAUGUAUGAAAAUGUCACUAAACAUAUUACCUGCUUUUCACACCAUAUUGGCUGUAAG